CUGGGGACACAUGUCCUUUGUUGCCAUCACACUGGGUCACCCUGCUCCUCCUUCACCCAAUGGCGGCGGAGCUGACCGCGCUCAAUAUGGCGGCGAGACGGGGGCUUCGCCUGCCCUCCCCAAGCAUGGCGCCAGUCCCCGCCCCCCACCGCAGCGGCGCCUGCGCAGUGCCAAGGGCAAGAUGGCGGCGCUGCGGGCGCUGGGGCGGCUGCGGGCACCUUCGGGGCUGCGGGCGGCGGCGGCGGCGGCGGCGGCAUGGCCGGGAGCGGUCCCGGCCCGGUCAGCCCGGCAGUGGCAGCCCGAUGUGGAGUGGGCCCAGCAUUUCGCCGGCGCCAUCAUGUACCCGAGCAAGGAGACGGAGAAGUGGGUGCCGCCACCCUGGAACGACAAGGACCCUCUGCCUCACAAGAAUGUCUCGACUUUGACCAUAAACUUUGGGCCCCAGCACCCAGCUGCCCACGGGGUCCUGCGGCUGGUCAUGGAGCUCAGCGGGGAGACGGUGAAGAAGUGUGACCCCCACAUUGGCCUCCUGCACCGAGGCACUGAGAAGCUCAUCGAGUACAAGACGUAUCUCCAGGCGCUGCCGUAUUUCGACCGCCUGGACUACGUCUCCAUGAUGUGCAACGAGCAGGCCUAUUCCCUGGCUGUGGAGAAGCUGCUCAACAUCCGCCCCCCCCUGCGGGCUCAGUGGAUCCGAGUCCUCUUCGCAGAGAUCACUCGGCUGCUCAACCACAUCAUGGCCGUGACCACGCACGCGCUGGACAUUGGGGCCAUGACCCCCUUCUUCUGGAUGUUUGAGGAGAGGGAGAAGAUGUUCGAGUUCUACGAGCGGGUCUCGGGGGCACGGAUGCACGCUGCCUACAUCCGCCCUGGCGGGGUGCACCAGGACCUGCCCCUGGGGCUGAUGGACGACAUUUAUGAGUUCGUGAAGAACUUCUCCAUACGGGUAGACGAGGUGGAGGAGAUGCUGACCAACAACCGCAUCUGGAAGAACCGCACCGUCGACAUCGGGGUGAUAACGGCGGAGGAGGCUCUCAACUAUGGGUUCAGCGGGGUGAUGCUUCGGGGCUCGGGGAUCCACUGGGAUCUGCGCAAGACCCAGCCCUACGACGUCUAUGACCAGGUGGAGUUCGACGUCCCCAUCGGCUCCCGGGGCGACUGCUACGACAGGUACCUGUGCCGCGUGGAGGAGAUGCGACAGUCCCUCCGUAUCAUCCUCCAGUGCCUCAACAAGAUGCCUGAGGGGGAGAUCAAAGUAGACGAUGCCAAAAUCUCCCCUCCCAAGCGUGCAGAGAUGAAGGCCUCCAUGGAGUCCCUGAUCCAUCACUUCAAGCUCUACACGGAGGGCUACCAGGUGCCCCCCGGAGCCACCUACACGGCCAUUGAGGCCCCCAAGGGCGAGUUCGGCAUCUACCUUGUCUCGGACGGCAGCAGCCGCCCCUACCGCUGCAAGAUCAAGGCGCCGGGAUUCGCUCACCUGGCCGGUCUGGAUCGGAUGUCACAGGGCCACAUGCUGGCAGACGUCGUGGCCAUCAUCGGCACGCAGGACAUCGUCUUUGGGGAAGUGGAUCGGUGAGGUGGCGGCCGCGCCGUGCCCAUCUCCUGCUGUGUGUGCUGCUCCAGGCCGGGGGUUCCCCCGGUGCCCCUGCACCCUCUUCCUCAGCUGAGUCAAAUAAAGACUAAACCGGGUCCUGCCUGUCCAGCCCUGCUUCGGCCGAAA